AUGGAAACUCGGAGUCGGAAGCGGGCGGAGGCUUCCUCAGCUGCCCCUUCAUCCUCUUCCACCACUCGUUCCGCCAAGCGCUCUCGUCUUUCUUCUUCGAUCCCAAACACCCCAUCUGUUAAUACCCGUUCUCGUUCGGUCAGGACUAACACCACCACCACCAACAACAACUCCGUUUCUCUCAUGGACCCCACCAUUGAAUCCUCCGGGUCAAGACGUGAUCGCCGCGGCAAGAAUUUGGAAAGGGACAAUUCGGACAAAGGGAAGGAGAAGGAACAGGAUGUUAGGAUUAGGGAUGUUGAAAGAGAGCGAGCUUUGGCGUUGAACAUGGAGAGUGAAGGUGUCGGGGACGACGAUGAUAAUGAUAGUGAGGGUGGUUUGCAUCAGAAUUUAACGUCUGCUAGUAGUGCCCUUCAAGGGCUUCUUCGUAGACUUGGUGCUGGUUUGGAUGAUCUGCUUCCUGCCACGGCUAUGGGUGGUUCUGCGUCCUCUUCUUAUCAGAGUGGUAGACUCAAGAAAAUUCUGGCUGGAUUGCGUGCUGACGGAGAAGAAGCUCGUCAGCUCGAGGCAUUAUCGCAGCUUUGUGACAUGCUUUCCAUUGGCACCGAAGAAUCCCUUAGUACAUUUUCGGUUGACUCGUUUGUUCCUGUGCUAGUUGGGUUGCUUAAUCAUGAGAGCAAUCCCGAUGUUAUGCUACUUGCGGCCAGGGCGCUAACUCACUUAUGUGACGUUCUUCCCUCAUCCUGUGCUGCGGUUGUGCAUUAUGGUGCAGUGUCUAUCUUCUGUGCAAGACUGCUUACGAUAGAGUAUAUGGACUUGGCUGAGCAGUCUCUUCAAGCGCUAAAGAAGAUUUCACAGGAGCACCCAACUACCUGUCUUCGAGCUGGAGCUCUGAUGGCUGUUCUUUCUUACUUGGACUUCUUCUCAACGGGAGUUCAGCGGGUAGCAUUGUCCACUGCUGCAAAUAUGUGCAAGAAGCUUCCACCUGAUGCAGCUGAUUUUGUAAUGGAAGCAGUUCCUCUUUUGACAAACCUUCUUCAGUACCAUGACUCCAAGGUACUGGAGCAUGCCUCUAUUUGUCUGACUCGAAUUGCUGAAGCAUUUGCAUCAUCUCCUGACAAAUUAGAUGAAUUGUGCAAUCAUGGACUUGUUACGCAAGCUGCCUCUCUCAUUUCUACCAGCAGUUCUGGAGGUGGACAGGCUUCUCUCAGCACCCCUACAUAUACUGGUCUGAUCCGCCUUCUUUCCACAUGUGCCAGUGGAUCCCCUCUUGGAGCCAAAACACUACUUCUCCUUGGAAUUAGUGGCAUUCUUAAAGAUAUACUAUCCGGUUCUGGUGUUUCUUCUAACAACUCUGUUUCACCUGCAUUAAGUAGGCCUGCAGAUCAGAUAUUUGAGAUUGUGAAUCUGGCAAAUGAACUUCUGCCCCCGUUGCCACAUGGAACCAUUUCCCUUUCUGUCAGCUCCAACUUGUUUGUGAAAGGUUCUUUUGUGAAGAAACCUCCUUCUGGCAGUUCUGGACAAGAAGACACCAGCAAUGGAAAUGUUCAGGAGAUGUCAGCUCGUGAGAAAUUAUUAAGCGAUCAGCCUGAGUUACUUCAGCAAUUUGGGAUGGAUCUCCUCCCAGUUUUAAUUCAGAUAUAUGGUGCUAGCGUCAAUGGUCCAGUUCGCCAUAAAUGUCUUUCUGUCAUUGGAAAAUUGAUGUAUUUCAGCACUGCUGAUAUGAUCCAGUCUUUGUUGAGUGUAACAAAUAUAUCAAGUUUCUUAGCUGGUGUGUUAGCCUGGAAAGAUCCGCAUGUUUUGGUACCUGCCUUGCAAAUUUCAGAAAUUCUUAUGGAAAAGCUUCCUGAAACUUUUGCUAAGAUGUUUGUCAGAGAAGGUGUGGUCCAUGCGGUUGACCAACUUAUUUUGGCUGGAAAUUCAACCAAUAUACCUACACAAACAUCAUCUGCUGAGAAGGAUAGUGAUUCUGUAUCUGGAACUUCUUCUCGCCCCAGACGCUAUCGCCUGCGCAGUGGUAAUUCAAAUCCUGAUGCAAACCCUUUGGAUGAUUUGAAAAGUCCAGUUCCAGUAAAUGUUGGUUUACCACCAAGUUCUGUAGAAACUCCAACAAAUAGUUCCAGUGUCCGAGUGUCUAUUAGCUCAGUUGCUAGAGGUUUUAAAGACAAGUACUUCCCUUCUGAUCCUGGGUCUAUUGAAGUGGGUGUUAGUGAUGAUCUUUUGCAUUUGAAAAAUCUCUGUGCCAAGUUGAACAGUUGUGUUGAUGAUCAAAAAACUAAGGCAAAGGGAAAAGUUAAAGCUUCUGGUUUUGGUCUGGACGAUAAUUCUACUAACAUAGAAGAAUAUUUGAUUGGGGUGAUAUCUGACAUGUUAAAGGAACUUGGCAAAGGUGACGGUGUAUCUACUUUUGAAUUUAUUGGUAGUGGUGUUGUUGAAGCCUUGCUGAAUUACUUAUCUUGUGGGUAUUUCGCAAAAGAUAGAAUGUCAGAAACCAGUCUCCCCAAGCUUCGUCAACAGGCACUAGCUAGGUUCAAGUCAUUUGUAGCUAUUGCACUACCUUUGAGCAUUGAUAAUGCAGCUGUUGCUCCUAUGACUGUCUUGGUUCAGAAGCUUCAAAAUGCCUUGUCCUCCUUGGAGCGCUUCCCUGUAAUGCUGAGUAAUUCAUCUCGUUCAUCUAGUGGGAGUGCACGUCUUUCCUCUGGGCUAAGUGCAUUAUCUCAUCCCAUAAAGCUUCGUCUCUGUCGAGCCCAGGGUGAAAAGUCACUUAGGGAUUAUUCUUCCAAUGUGGUACUGAUUGAUCCAUUAGCAAGUUUAGCAGCCAUUGAGGAAUUUCUGUGGACUCGUGUCCAGCGUGGUGAAUCUGGUCAAAAGUCUACCGUAGCUGCUGACAAUUCUGAAUCUGGAACAACUGCUGCAGGGGCAGGUGUUUCAUCUCCUUUCUCUUAUACUCCCUCCACUGCCCGUCGGCAUUCAACUAGAUCCAGAUCAUCUGUUAAUAUAGGAGAUACACCUAGAAAAGAACUAUCUCAAGAUAAAAGCACAAGUUCAUCCAAGAGCAAGGGUAAAGCUGUAUUAAAGACUGCACAGGAGGAAGCAAGAGGACCUCAAACACGAAAUGCUGUUCACAGAAGAGCGGUUCUAGAUAAAGAUGCUCAAAUGAAACCUGUAAAUGGUGAAUCAACUUCUGAG